CGAACGCCUCGGAGCCAAGGCUGUGUUGACACUGGAGUAGGUGAAGGUGCUCUACGGGAAACCUGUUUCAUCAAGUGGUCCCCGGGAGAAGAGGAACAAGACAGUUGUCAUAAAUCCCAGUCAUCAGAACAAGACGCAAGGUAAAAGUACGAGCUGCUACGAUAUGGAAUGAAGACAAGAAUUAACUUGAAAGCAAAUGCAGCAAUGUGAGGCACAGCUUCACAUCUGGAUGCAACCAUGGUGACCCUCUUGGGUGAUGUCCAUUUUUGGACGUUACGUGAUGACAUCAUCGUUAAGGAUGCUGACAUAGGAGCUUUUAGAUACCAGGACAAAAAUACUGUGUGUAAGGAGCGGGUUUACUAUGAGGACAAACGUCACUAUUUGGAAGCUAGGGGUAUUAUGGUCACGCCAAAAAACAAUCGGCCCAGCAAGCUACGAGAGGCACUACGUGAAUUAGAGGAAUUGUUAUCAAAGGAAAGAGUCCUAUGGGAAGGCUGGCAGACACAUGUCUACCAAUUGAUAUUUGCCUCAGGUAUUAUUUCAACACUGACAGUGAGUCUGAACACAGGAGCCCUUUACCAGAAUAACAUUUGA